AUGCUGCUCCCGGCUCCCUGCUUCCACAUGGGAUUGAUCCAUAGGGAUGAGGUGCCUGGAUCUGAAGGGGUGCCGGAGGCUCUGCAGGAGGUCACCAUUCCCAGCGCGGAGCAGCCGGAUCCAUCCUGCGGCCCCCCCCCCAUAGGGCAGGAUGCUUGGAUCCCAGACAUCCCGAGCUCGGAGGAGGAGGAGGAGAGGGGCAGACCCCUCCUGAUGCUGUGGUCCAGGAGCAGGAAGCAAUGGAAGAGCUGUUGGGAUGCUGGGAGCUCGCCUGGAUCCAUCCCAUCCUCAGACGACGGCCGCCGGAGCUCCCCCCCCUCCAUCCCCUCCCACGUCCCCCCCUCAAUGACCCCAUCAGGUCCCCAUCCCCCCCUCAACCACCGGCUCCAUCGCAACCACCCCCCCCACGGCACCAUCCCCCCAUCCCAUCACCACUGCGGCACCUGCGGCAAGACCUUCAGCCGCGGCUCCAGCCUGCGCCGGCACCAGCGGCUCCAUGUCAACCAGCAGCCCUUGAGCUGCCCCAUCUGCGGGCGCAGCUUCGGCUCCAGCCUCCUGCUACGGGAGCACCGGCAGAGCCGCUGCCGGCGCCGGCGCCACCGCUGCCCCACGUGCGGCAAGCGCCUGGCGACGCCGCGCUCCUUGCGCCGGCACCGGCGCCGGCACGGCCUGGCGUUCCCUUGCUCCCAAUGCGGCAAGGCCUUGAGCUCGCGGGCGUCGCUGGUCGCGCACCAGCGCAUGCACACGGGUGAGCGCCCGUUCCCAUGCCCUGACUGCGGUAAGGGCUUCGCGGCUCGAGCGGCGCUCAACAAGCACCGCAAGCGGCACCAGGAUGGAGCCGCGUUCACCUGCCCUGACUGCGGCAAGAGGCUCAUGUCCAAGGCUACGCUCCUGGAGCACCGCAGGCUGCACACUGGGGAGAGGCCCUUUGAGUGCCUGGAGUGCGGCAAGAGCUUCGCGGGCAGCAAGUCAUUGAGCAAGCACCGCAAGGCGCACGCGGAGCGCCGGCUCCAGGCGCUGCCAACCGGAGCCGCGGUCAUGGCACACACACAGAGCCUGCAGCUCUGUCCCCAUUGCGGGAAGGGGUUCCGGGACCGGACGGGGCUGAACCGGCACCAACUGGUCCAUACUGGGCACAGGGGGAGGAGCCCCAUUGUCCCCUAUGGGGGUAGCGUGGCCGAGCGGUCUAAGGCGCUGGAUUAA